AAUACCUAAAUAUUCGAACCCAACUAUAUUCACUUGUUGUUUUCUCUGAGUUGUGUAACGACAGAAUCUCAGAUAUAUCACAGAGGUAAUCGUUUGUGGUGAGAAAAAAAAUAGUAUAGCCUCUCUCCCCAUAUUCACGGCUGAAUCAGGCAAUAUACACACCCACGCAAUAUUUUUUUUCCCUCUAUUGGAAUCUAAACGGCUAGGAAGGCGUAUAGGUUAAAUAAUAAUUCUUAGGUAGAGAAAGAAUCAUUUUAUUAUAAGUGUACACUGUAUCACUUUCAUUUUUCUUAAUUAUUUAUUAUUACAUGCCAAGUUAAAUCCAUUUCAAAAUGGAUAUGCACAACUUAAUGUCAAAGCUUGUAACCUACGGGACUUUCGGAUUAGUUAGGGACAAAGGAAGAAAGAGAUCCGAAUCUCCCUUGGCAUCCACGCCUCCCCCAAACCACCCUAAUGCUUCCUAUAAUUCUUGUUGGCCACUGAAUGGUGCCAAGGGUGCUGAUACUGUAAAUCGUGCCGAAGCAAGAAGAACAGGAAAUCUUGACCAAAUUACUUCUCUGCAAGCCCUUCGGUAUAAUUAUCGCAGGGCACAUAGUAGUCAAUACAACAAUAAUAACAAUCCCCAAGAUUCGUCACACCUUCCUGCCUUCUAUUCUCCUGAUGUUAUCAUAAGACAUACAAGUGGAAGCCUGAGUGAUGAUUUUAUACUGGCAGAAGGUCUGAUAAGAACAGUAUUAAUGGCAUAAAAAGGGUGGCAAAAGAUGAAUAUACAGAUUUUACAUUGUGCGGGAAAAGUCACGGUAGGUUGCAAUAAAUGGGUACAAAUAGCAGAAAGACUAAUUUGACGAAUAUGUGAAUAAAAUACGAUAGAAUUGAGUAAUUAAAGGAUUUUGCAUUCGAUACUUGAUAGUACAAAUACAUGGUUUAUGAUUAUAAUUCAUUAGUACCGUUUUCAUUUGGGUUGUUAAAAUGCAUGUGCUCUAAAUUGUGGCUUAUGAUUUUUUCAUACAACCCUAUUUGUAUGGUUUGUUU